AUGAAACCGACCUUGCUAUUCCAACUAAUCAUCUCCGUCCCAUUCAUCCUAGGAGCCACUGUCCUGGACAAACAAUCCGGCUUUUCAGACGGCCAACCAAUAGAUGACACGGGAAAAGGCGCUUCUAUCCUCGGCGGAACCAACGAGCCCUUGGACCUCCAGAAUCCAGACAACCUCGGCCGCCCUUCAACCGACAAUGGCGUCGUACCGAACCUGAAAUGGAGCUUCUCCGACUCCAAGACCAAGAUAUUUAACGGAGGCUGGUCGCGCGAGCAAGUCGUCCAGGAUUUACCGGCCAGUCGCGACAUUGCAGGGGCACAGCAACAUUUGAGAAAGGGGGCGAUUAGAGAGUUGCAUUGGCAUCGUACUGCAGAAUGGGGCUUCCUAUACGCAGGCUCUCUGCUUCUUUCCGGCGUCGACGAAAACGGUGGCUUCACAACCCAGAAGCUCGAGCAGGGGGAUAUCUGGUAUUUCCCGAAGGGUGUUGCGCAUAAUGUGCAAGGUCUCGAUGAAGAGAAUGAAUACCUGCUUGUUUUUGAUGAUGGGGAUUUCGAGAAAGUCGGAACAACAUUCAUGCUCGACGACUGGAUCACACACACGCCACGAGACAUCCUCGCCAAGAACUUCGGCGUCGACCCGUCCGUCUUCGACACCGUACCGUCCAAAUUCCCAUAUAUCCUCAACGGCACAGUCAGCGAAGAAGCGACAGACACGCCGCAAGGUACGCUCACGGGAAACAGCUCCUACGUGUACCGCACGUACAGCCAUCCCGCGGAGCCAGUGCCAGGAACAGGCGGCGUGCUGCACAAAAUCGACUCGAGGAACUUCCCGAUCUCGAAGACUAUUGCUGCGGCUGUUGUGGAGCUCGAGCCGAGGGGGUUGAGGGAGUUGCAUUGGCAUCCUAAUGCCGAAGAAUGGCUCUACUUCCACCGCGGCCAAGCGCGCGCGACAGUCUUCAUCGGGGACUCGAAGGCACGGACAUUCGAUUUCAGCGCUGGUGAUACUGGGGUAUUUCCUGAAGAUAGUGGCCACUAUAUCGAAAACACCUCGGACACCGAGAAGCUUAUCUGGGUCGAGAUCUACAAGAGUGAUCGCGUGGCUGACAUCUCGCUCGCGCAGUGGCUUGCCCUGACGCCGGCGGAUGUGGUGGCUCAGACGCUGAAGGUGGAUAUUGAGGUCGUGAAGAGGAUUAAGAAGGAGAAGCAGACUUUUGUGGCAGGGAAUUAG